GUUAGUAUGUGACAAAUUUUUCCAUGAUAAAUAAAGUUUUUACCCAGUUUGUGCGAUAUAAUAGCUCAGUAGCGAGAAAAAUGGUCCAAAGACAUUACGUUAACACGAAAUGGGAAGAGUUUGAAGCUCUCGUCACCAAGUUGGAGGCGGAGAAGAAGCCCAUCAACAUCUUGUUUUCUGGAGAUAAAGACGAGGCCGGUGUCUCUUGGUGUCCUUAUUGCAACAGAGCUGCUCCUGUUAUCGAGAAGGCAUUAGAAAACGCGCCAGAAGACAGCAUAUUCAUCAAAGUUGAGAUAGAACGCCCUUAUUGGAAAGAUCCCAACAAUUCUUAUCGCAAGGACCCAAGAACGAAACUUGUAUUUUUGCCAACUUUACUCCGUUGGAAGUCACCACAACGUCUCGAUGGGGAGCAAGCUUGCAACAAAGAUUUAGUCGAAAUGUUGUUUGAAGAUGAUGAUUAAGUCAGUCGUACUGAAAAAAAGUUUUUUUUACAAGAAAAAAGUGCAUUGAUACAAUAAAAGAGAAGCAAAUUCAA